AUGAAUACCAAAAACAAGAUCAUAUCUAAAUCUCCUGUUGAGAGACCGCCAGCUCUAUCUACGAACAAUCCUUCCACAGUACUUACAGAAAAUCCUUUUGAAACCAUAUUCGACGGGAAAAGCGAAGAUGAUGAUUCUUGGAAAGACGAAGAUGUAUAUUCUAUCGCUUCAUCGGAGGAGCUACAACAGUCGAGACCCUCGGGAAAUAUCACUACCAGCCGCACAGGAAACAUGACGCGCACAGUCAGCCGUAGAGAGAGAAAAUCCUCCAUAUCGAGAGUUAUAAGAGAGAAGUCGAAGGGAAGACAGCGCAAGAUCCAUGCAAAUCUCCGCCUUAAAGUCCAAACAACCUUUUCAACACAUUAUGGACCUCAACCUCAAGCAAUAUCUUCACAACAGUCUCGAUCUAAUGGAGUUUUUGUUGAUUUGGUCACCCUCAGGAAACUCGAAAAUGUUUCUGCUCAUCCAAACGGAACUUUGUGGAAAUCGUUGGAGAACAGGAAAAGCAAAGCCAUUGAAAACUCUGCUGAGGAUACUAAGACCGAAGCUCCUGAACCAGUACAGAACGAAACAUCAAAUGUCUAUCCGCUGGCAGAGCGACGGGGAUCUUUGAGACCAGCAGCUCUGAAGCUAGAGGAUGACUUAUCUCCCAACGAUCGACCAAUUGUUAUCGGCAUAUCGAUCCCAUCUGCACGUUUAGCUCAUCAUGUGACCACCCCGCAAACAUCAACUUCAAUCGCUUCGACAAUGAUGGGAAGUUACGGGCACGAGACACCGACAGGGAAAGAAUUGGUAACGCCAUCUAUCAUAAUUACGCCUGCCCAUGAGAUCUCUGCAUGGUCGCCGUACAGUACUGCUUCGAAUGUUUCACGAGCACGAACUCUAUCAACAUCCUUUUCAGUAGCUAGCCCCAAUGACCCAUUCAAAGAGGGGGCACCACCAUUGCCGAAAAUGCCAGCAGCUUUAGCCGAAGAGGAGAAGCGAAGAGUAGCCGCCCAGCAUAGUUACUUCUCUCCAGACUCGGAUGCCACUACUGAAUGGGAUGACGAGCCAGAUUCAACCCGAGUUCUAUCGUCUUGUAUUAUCUAUGAAGAGGAUGAGCAUCCAAUUGUUGUGCGAAGUGCCCGUGCAGUCAAUGUUCCAGAUAAACUGAAAGUGAGCAACCAUGAAAGUAUUGACACCAUUGCUGCACGGACUCGCUCUGGAUGGUGGAAUUAUAUCACUUCGCCAUUUAUGACGCGGUCAAACACAAUAGUAUAUCCAGAGAAGAAGAUUUCGGAUAUCCCCGAAGUACCUGUUUUAACAAUUGCAGCAGCCAAAGCUCAGGAAUCAAAGGUGGAGCGAAAGUCGUGGGAACAGCUUUUUUCUCCUCUUUCUAUUAAAAGAUCAAACUCCAAUGCAUCCGAUGCUUGGUGGGAUGUGACUCCCUUAGGUUUCAGAUCAGAGAAACAGGUUUCCCCUGGUCUAGUCUACAAAGAGACGAGACAUCUGGUGAAGCCGUCGAUAGCUACUUUACCCUUUGUUCGUUCAGCCUCUGGCGAUGUGGGAGAUGUGUCAUUGGCUAGCGCCAUUGAUGUGACUACCACUGCGGAUUCUGUGCAUUUUGCAAAUUCUACAAUGUCUCAUGACCAUUCGGGUAUUUCGAGUUCAUCGCAAAGAGAGUCUAUUUUGGUCAACAAAGAUAAUUCGUUGUUAUCUUCAAACGAUAGUACAAAAGAACUUGGAAGCAAUAAUCCCUUUAUUCAGUACCAAAAUAGUAACAUUGAUCGUUAUAACGACUCGAGAAUGAUUAAAGACGCGGACUUGAAUGAUCCAGGGUUGAAAUCGAGAACACUUGUUGUGAAUAACGCUACCCAACCACCACCGCCGCCACCUUACACUGAAUCACCAAAGAAAGUCAGAAAAUAUCGAGCCUUUUUUCCUUCCUCACACGAAUCAGCACCUGCGCCAGCACAAGCACCAGAACCAGCGGUGAUUCAAGCUUCGGCAGCAGCUUCGACCUUGCAAUAUCCUGCUUCCCCCGGUCCCAUAUCCCCAGAAAGCGAACGAAAGAUGGCUUCACAAGCCUCUAUUCAGCUGUCUGAGGUUCCAUUGAGUCCUGCGCGUGGUAGAACCAAUCAGAGCACUGCAUACCCUGGGCCUGCUAGGCAGACAACACCAACAAUUUUGAUUAUGACUGAAGAAUACCUUGAGCAAAUGGCAGAUAAAGCAGCUUUCAAAGCGGCCAAAAAAUCAGAAUCGAAACGUCAAAGAAACGAAAAUGAAGAUAGCAUGGCUAGCAAAUUAGGUGGAUUGUUCAAGAAAUGUAUACCUAAAAAGGGUAGGCAAGGCCCCGAAGGUCGAAAAAGACGAAGAUGGUAUUGCUGCGGAACCAUUGCAUUGAUUGUGUUGAUCAUCACGAUUGUAGCACUUGCUGCGACGCUGACUCGCAAACCAAAACACGUUGUGCUGCCAUCUCAAUGGUUGAAUCUCACUGGCUUCCCUCCUAUUUACGCUGGGCUCUCGACGGUAGCAGCUCCGGUGAAUAUUGUGACGAAUACCGGUUGCGUAUUCCCAGCUACGCAAUGGAGUUGUGCUUUACCAAAAGAGCAACAAGCUUCUGUCGCACCAAAUCUACCAAAUCAGCCCAAUUUCUUUUUGGAAAUCCAAUGGGACAAUAGCAGUGCAGCAAAUGCAACCUUUGCAAAUGUCACAGGAAACAAAAAUCUCCCUACACGCAGUCUUGUCGGUAAUCCCGUCUCUGCUGGGAAAUUCAUCAGAGAUUUGAUAUUGAGAGCACGUCAAACCGUUACUUUCAAUCCCUCGCCUUCACCGCCAUCAUAUGCUGAAGAAGCGUUUUUGGGAGAUACCACAGAUGGGAUAGUUUCAUCCAAUAAAGCUGGAGAAUCAACACCUUUCUAUAUAUCUUUCUUAUCCACUACAAACACUACCUUAACAACCAACAGCCGUGUGAAGCGUGCAGAUUCAAAUAAUACCGAUCCAGAUCUCUUCCCGAAUAUCACAACUGGAAUCCCGGCCCCAAGUCUGAAUCCUGAUGGCACUGCAGCUCCAGCCAACCUUCUUCCAUACCCCAUUCAACAGCCAAUUCGUUUAUAUGAUCGAGGACUUCCUAGUGAGCAUUAUGGAUUCUAUACUUACUUCAAUCGUACUAUCUUCCUCAAAUCUCUCUCAUUACUCAACGAUACCAAUACUUCCAACGGUGAAGUUCCUGAUGAUCAGAAUGGCGGGGCUCUUGAAGGGGAAGCCAAUUUCCGUUGCACAUGGGGUGAAACUCGUUUCUUAGUACAGAUGUGGACCAGAAUGAAUGGAACUGCCAGACUCAACAAUGCUACUAGUUCUACUGGCGCCUCUACUGUUAUUGCAGGGCAAGAUUUCUCGCAGCCUGGAUCAUUUCCUUAUCCGAUCACUAUUACCACCGAUCGACAUGGAGGAGAUCCUAGUAGAAAGCUGUUGUAUUGUUAUAGUAUGAAUGAUAGAGAAGGGAUUAUAUCGACCAGUGGAGUGGUCAAUGGAGAGAAUAGAGCAUUUGGAGGCAAGAUUAUCAAUCCAGCUCCGAGCGUUUUCUUGAAUACUAGUGAUCCAUCGCUUGGAGGCUUUGAUGGAGGGACAGGGGGCUGUUCUUGUGCUUGGAGUAACUUUCAGGAGGUCAUCAGUACUUCAAGAACGUGA